AUGUUAUCUUGGAAUUGUCAGGGUGCUGCCUCGGCUUCGUUUAGGCGCAUCCUUAAACAAUUUUUGCGUUUACAUAAACCUUCUUUGGUCUGUCUCUUUGAAUCCAAGGUCUCAGGGGCGCAGGCCAAUGAAAUUUGUUCUUCUUUUGGUUUUGAUGAAUGGAUUAGAGUUGAAUCGGUUGGGUAUUCAGGGGGAAUUUGGUUGUUUUGGAAUGACACGCUCUCAAUUGAGAUUUUAUAUACUCAUCCACAAUUCAUUUCUUUUCAGGUGACUGAGAUUGGUUCGCUACCUUGGCUUAUGUCGGCAGUCUAUGGCAGCCCUAACUUGGCUUUGAGAAGGCGGCUCUUCGCGGACUUAUCGGGACAGUUUUUUGAACCCCAGGGACCUUGGUUAACGGUGGGCGACUUCAACUCCAUCACUAACCGAAGUGAAGUUAAUGGCUCGGAGUCUUUCACAUUGUCCAGGUGUUCGGCUUUUAACAGCUGGAUCUUUAGGGAAGGUUUGGUUGAUCUAGGCUAUUCGGGCUCGAUCUAUACUUGGAUGAGAGGGAUCGAUACACCGUCUUUCAAAGGAGCUCGUUUGGAUUGUGCUUUAUGUAAUAUAGAAUGGAACCUUCGAUUUUCUGCUGCAAGUGUUACUCACCUCCCCAUGAUCGGGUCUGACCAUUCGCCAUGCUCAUUUCUACAACUGUCCGGCAGCCGUUCAUCAAUAGGUUCAGGUUCAACAUGGCUUGGGUAA